AUGGAUGAGACUGAUUGCCUUCUUCACGAUUCCGACACCGAGGAAACGACCUCUCCCGUGCAAGCGAAGCAGGUGGUUCCACUUCAACCAUCGACGCCCUCCAUCGUCUCUUCGCUUCGCCACGAUCCUUUCGCCAAUCUGGAUGGUUUUGCCUUCGUCUGUCGCUUCCACGGCCUCCACCCAGCGGACCAGAUCUCAAGCGCCGUCGGCAACACCAACAACCCCGCCUUCCAUCGCACCAUCGUCAAGUUCUUUGAGAAGCAUCCUUUGGACCCCUCGCGUACCCAGGCCGCCAAGGACAAGCUCUGGCAGGAGUUCAAGAAGACGUGCACCGGAACCCGUCCGUUCAAGACUCCAUGGCAGCACCACAUGCGGCUGUUCAACCUGACUCCCAAGAUCAACGAGGACUUUGAGGAGUUCACUGACCGUCUGCACUCGCAGAUGUCUGACUUCGACGCGGACCAGUUUGCCGCAGUCGUCAUGAUCCAAGCUUUCCGGGACCCCAAGUUAGUCGCCUUUGCAGGGGACCGUCGUCCUAAGAACGUGGCAGAAGCCUUCGACGUCAUCAACAACUACUACGUCGCCAAUCCCUUCAAGGUGAAGCGCACGCAAGCAUCAACAUCGUCGAACUUCCCUCCAUUCAGGAGCAAGCGUGCCAAGCGACACCAGCAUCAGCGACCCCAGCACCAGCGACCCCAGCAUUCGCGACCCCAGCACCAGCGAUCGUUUCGUUCCCUGGCUUGCGGGCGUUGUGGUCGAUUUAACCAUUCUGAAGACAAGUGUCACGCCAAGUUCCACGCCAAUGGCAAACACCUUCAAGGCGUGACGACGAACACCGUUGUUGUGCAAUCUUCAUCUUCCAGUCCUUCUCUGGUUGAAGCAUCUUCCUCCACCCACGCGGCUGGUCCUCAGUCACCUCCUCCUCCACCUCCCCCGCUGCCUGAUGCACAGGCCACCUCUUCCACUGAGGCAAGCGAUUCCACCCCACAGAUUGACGUGGUGCGUGAUGUGAUGUUUGACCGUUAUGGUAGACCGGUGACUCUUGCUUCCGUUAAUGCGGUAUCCACAAGCAAGCCACUCCUUCGCACAACCAUCUUUGUCAACGGCCGAAAGGUCAACGCUCUCGUCGACACCGGCGCAGAGCGCACACUCUGUCGACUUCGUCGCUUCAACGACACGCGUCCAGGGGCAUCCCUGAGCAUGGCCCUUGCCGACGGGCGGCACUGCUCGACUGACCGAUACCUCACUGCAAAGGUCCAGUGGUUCGGCAACACAUUUGACAUGUGUAUUCCUGCAGUUAGGGACUUGCACGAAGAUGUUCUUCUGGGAAUGGACUUCCUACAGAAGGCCAACCCCAAGAUUGACUUCGACAUUGGGCAAUUCGAGUACUGUGUACUUCCAUUCGGCUUGGCCAAUGCGCCAGCGCAGUACCAAAGAAUUAUGGACAAUGUGCUCAAGCACCUGCCUCGUUGCAACGUGUCCUGUUAUCUUGAUGAUGUGUUGGUGCACACGCCCAUUGAAGGCCAACUGCAACCUGUUCUGGAUUGGCAACUUCCAACAACGGUCCAUGGGCUUCGCCAGUUUCUGGGCGCUGUUAAUUACUACAGCAAGUACAUCCGCAACUUGGCGAGCUAUACACAACCCUUGUUUCGCCACACGAGCGGCGCAGGAAAGCGCUCAAAAAGGCGACUUGAAAACUGGACCUCGAACGAUACACGCCUCUUCCACAGGUUGAAAGCCACAAUGGCCAAGCUCCCUACACUCUGCCCAAUCAUUGAUUUGAAACCGGAACAUUCCCUUGAUCUCUUCACAGAUGCAUCCGACAAGGCCAUAGGUGCCGCGAUUCAGUUUCAAGGCCGGCCAAUCGAAUUCUUUUCCUCAACGCUCUCAGUGCAUGAAGCGCGCUGGCCUAUCAGGCAAAAGGAGUCAUCCAUUACCGUGUUCACAGACCACAAGUCCUUGGAACGGGUGCUUGCCCAAUCGAAAAUACAAGAAGCGCGUAUCAACCGCUGGAUGCUGUUCCUGGCAGAAUUCAAUAUCGAGUUCCGAUAUAUUCCAGGAGAAAGCAACGUCGUUGCUGACGCUCUUUCAAGAACCUUUAUGGUAAAGACAAUCAUGAAGGAUGACAGUCUUCGUUUCUCCUGGGACGAUUACAUAUCGGAUCCAUACUGGCGCAAAGUUGUUUCGAAUACUGACGCUUUCCCGCAGUUCUCUCGAGUUGGUGAUGUCUUAUAUUACAAGAAUCGUAUUUGUCUCCCUGCUUCACAACAGCAGCAAGCCAUUUCACUCUCGCAUGAUAGUCCAAGCAGUGGACACCAAGGCGUCACAAAAACACAGCAGAGAGUUGCUCGCUUUUACUUCUGGCCGGGAUUGUAUCCCGAUGUCAAACGCUACGUUGACACUUGCCACAUCUGCGCCAUGUCGAAGACUGGAAAGAAGCUUCGCGUGCCCACACAACCACUGCCAGUAGCGCCUCGGCCUUGGCACACCGUUACGAUGGACCUGAUUGUGGGCCUCCCACAAACCGUUCAAGGGUACACAGCCAUAUAUGUCUUCGUUGACAAGUUUUCAAAGAUGGUCCACCUUGCACCCACAACAGCAGAGGUGACGGCCGAAGGCUGCCUCGACCUCUUCGUCCAACGUGUAUACCGACUGCACGAGUACUUGCCAACCAUUGAGUUUGCAAUCAACUCGUCUCCUGCCGCGUCGACGAAGCUUACUCCAUUCGAA